GUAUAAAGAAGCUCCGAUGAGAGGGAAGGGACACAAACAGACUCAGGAUGGGAGUCCAAGGCCUGGCCUCACUGGUCGGGGCUCACACCAAGAUUUACCGGGACGUCAAGUUCAGCAAAAGACGGCUGGUGGUCGACGGCUGCAACCUCCUCUACCUGCUUUACUUCGACUCAGGUUUGGAGCUGAUCCGUGGUGGGGAAUAUGCUGCGUUUGAGGACCUCGUUGAGAGGUUUGCUAAGAGCCUCAAAGACUGCGGCGUGUCCGCGUACGUGGUGCUGGAUGGCGGCAUGGAUCUAACUGGCAAGAAGGAUGAAACUCUUGUAUUGAGAACUAAGGACAAGAUUAAGAGAGCCACUCAGGCAGCAGAGGAAACCAGGCAGGAGAAGGUCCUGCCACAGAUGGCCAGCCUCGUCUUCAGACAGACGCUGGCCCGGAUGGGGGUCCCAGUGGCUCAGUGCUACGCUGAGGCUGACCAGGAGAUUGCUGCGCUAGCCAGGGAGUGGCAGUGCCCUGUUCUGUCCAACGACAGUGAUUUCUACAUCUUCGACCUCACGGGGGGGCUGCUGCCCAUCACUUACUUCCACUGGGAGGCAGGGGACAAGAAUGGCAUCCCCUGUAAGAUCUACUACUCCUCCUGUUUCUGCAUCGUCUUUGAGAUCCAGCCUCAGAUCCUGCCAGCUUUCGCUGCCUUGGCUGGAAACGACUACGUGAAGCUGCAAUGGAUGGAUGCGUCCAUCAGUUGGUCGGAUUUUGCUCCAGCGGCCAACAGGAGACCGCCGCACUACCUGGAGGGGCUGCUCUGCUGGCUGAAGGACUUCAGUCAACCAAAGGAUGCCUUUAAGGCAGCACUGGGGCUGAUGGGAGAGCUGAGCAAAGAGCAAAAGAAGAAGGUGAUAAUGGGGUUGAUGCUCGGGAUGAAAGAGUACCAGCUUCCUCCAAGCUCACUCAUGAAGUUCUUCAUCCAUGGGGUGGCGCCGCCAUAUCCAGAAGUGGAAGAGGAGAACGCCAGCUGGAUUUUGGCGCCAGUGAUGCAGGGUCGGCUGACCUCAGAUGUCCUUGACGUGCUGCUAUUGAACUCCAUGAGCCUCAGCUGUUUUGUGGACAGGGCAGACUUUCCCAGCGCUCACCUGACCUCCAGGUCGAUCCGGCAGGUGAUGUACCGGCUGCUGCUGGGCAAAGACGAGAAGGGACCGAUUUAUGAGGUCGACAGAGAGGGCAAUGUGGUGAAAGGUUUCCCAGUUAAGCCUGCAGCCAGCGGCGUCCCCGAUGAGCUGGAGAUCGAAUCACUGAACAAGGUGGAGCCCUCUGUGCGCCUGCAGGUGCUGUUGGAGACUCUGGGAGUGUCUGAAGCCUCUCUGAUGGGACUGCAGCCUCACCUGCGCCUCCUGGUGGCCAUCACCUGCUACUGGCUGAAGAAAGCUGAGCCUAAACCAGACGAGACCAUGCUGAAGGCGCUGCUGCUGGGAAUAAGUCACGGAGACUCGCUGAGGCAAAGAGCAGCUUUAAGGAAAGAGAAGACGCUCCUCAAACUCCAGCUGGACGCAGACGUCCUCCACGCCUUCAACCAAUGGCAGGGCUGCCUGAGGCAAAGCAUCCACCUGAACCAGCUGCUGGGCUUCCCCUUACCUGAACCUCAGAUAGCACGGUGUUACGAGGGGACGCUGGUCCACAGGCUGGUCCAGAUGAUGAGGACGGACCAAAAACUGAAGAAAUUCCUGAGGAGCAGUAGAACUGAUGCCAAGGAGUACCACAGCAUGCUCGCCGUCAUCCAAAAGUUUCACUCAGAGGAGGGGUCGGCGCUGACGAGAGCGCCGCAGCGGGAAGUGGAGCCUCUAAAGGACCUGACCGCCACCCUGAAGGACCUGUUCUAUCUGUUUGAAGAAGACGAGGUCAGCAGCGCCGUCAGGGUCCACGAGGAGCUCUACAUGGAUGACAUGCUGUUGGUAAGAACCCGGUACAGGUCCAAGGAGAGGAGCGGCCGCUGCCACAGUCUGGUACUGGCCCGGAAACAGGAGUGCAGGGGCUGGGACAUCCUCUGACCUGGACUCAAGGACUUACUGACCGUCUUUGGACGGAUUUUUCAAUACUCCAACUUCUGCUUUAACAAAAAAGGUUUCAAGUCAAUUUCCAACAACAUAGACGCUACAUUCCUCUGUUUUCACCAGCGCCUGAUUAUAAUACAGCACAGCUGUAGAACAUCUGACAGCAGACUUGUCCAAUCACAGCUAAGGUGCUAACAAACUAGCUUCCUCUCUUAACUCAGGAAACAUUUACUGAUCAUAUUCUAUGUAAUGGAUGGAUAAAUGAUCAGUUUAUCUUGGUAUUUCUAGAAAAAUAAAUCCUUUUAUCCCAAAGCAAUCUGUGAGCCUUUUCACAGUGAUAGACAUUAAGUGUUUAAAAAAGGCAAAAAAGUGUUAAAAAAUACUACGAAAAUAGGUAAAAAUGGGUUGAAAAUGGCAAAAGUUGACUUAAACAAGGAGAAAGUAUCCAAAAACAAAUGGGUUAUAGGUGGCUUCAAUAAGUUAAGAAUUGCAAAAAGGUUCAAAAUAUGAAAAAGCGGUGAAAAUGGGUAAAAACUGGGGAAAGUGGCUGAAAUGUGGUAAAAACAAUCAAUGGGUAAAAGGUGUCAAAAAGUGGGUUUAAACUAGCUAAAAAGGGUUAAAAGUUAAAAAAGUGGUGAAAAUGGGACAAAAGUGACAUAAAAUACGGGGGAAAUGUCUUAAAUGUGGCAAAAAUUGGUUUAAAGUGGCAAAAAACAUUUUUUUUCAUCUUAGUAUUUUUAUAUUUGGAUCAUAAUCGGAAAAUCAAAGAACAGAUCUCUGGUGGAGUCAAACUUUUUUUUUAACCAUUUGUGAAAAAAAGAAUGUUACGUCGCCAGCGUUCCAUUCUUUGACGCUCCUUUUAUUUUAUCCAAACAUAAAAAUGAUAAAAAAAUGAAAAAAUAUUAGUUUUUUUUUCCUUUUUGGAAACAGAACAGAGAAACAGAAAAUGAAAACUUCUUUUUAGUUUCUUUAUUCUGUAUUAUUAUUUUUGUUAUUAAUUGUUUUUUUUUCCUAAAAUUUUUUACAAAGUGUAUCAGCUUGUUCUUUAUUUUAUUAUUUUUAUUUUCUAAUUAAAAACUAAAAGUCAGUUCGCUGUAAACUAGAGUCUGUGUGUUUUACUGCCAACUGAUUUUUAAUUUCUAAUGAGAAAUCCAAAAUGAAGAAACGAGCCGUUUCCUGAUUUGUGUUAAAAAUAGAAUAUAUUAGAUACAGAAGUUUAAAAAAGCAAACAAAAAAGGAAUAUUUAUUCAUUUCCUGUUUCUUAUUUUUCUUCCUCUAAAGAGACAAAAAAAAGUUUUAAAUGGUUUGAUUUUUUUUCUUAUUGUUUUUUCUGUGUCCGAUCAGAAAAGAAAGCUUAAAGGAGGGAAUACUUGUGAUGUAACAUUCCUUUAUUCCCAUAUUUAGAUCUUUUCCAGGCAUUAGGAGGAAAGGAAUGUUACAUCACCACUGUUCUGUUCCCUUAUUUGAUCAGAACACUAAAAAUAAUAAGAUGAAAAAAAAAAACUGUUUAUAUUUAUUUUUGGAAAUCAAAAAAAUAAAAAUGGAAAAUAAAUAACUUUUUUUUUUUUUUUUUUCCAGUUUUUGAUUCCUAGUUAAUUGAACUGGUAGAUUCUAUUCCAUGAUUUUUUUUCCUUUUUUCAAACAGUAAUUAGAUAAAUUUAGAUUUCUACUCUGAAAUGAAAAAUCCUCUGGGUGUAAAUACACUGAGCAAUAACAUUGACCCACAGCGCCCCCUAGCUCUCUGCUGAACCCAGAGCCCCGCGUUAUUUCAUGUAUGAUAUUUCCUUUUAUAUUGAGCACUUUUAUACUUUUAAGGAACAGAAGAUUUUAGAUUUCCAAUGCUGAAGAUUUUUGGGUAUUUUUGUGUCAAAAGUUUUUAAAUAUUCCUACUUGAAGAGUUGAAACAACCACAGGUUUUAUUUUAUUAUUAAUGCCAUUCUGAUGCUUCAUGCUGGAUGAAAACGUUUAAAUAAGGGAAAUGUAGAGUAAAAAGUUUAAAUUGAAGGUUUGAUUUAAGCUGCUAUUGUUCUUAUGUGACUAUUUUAUUUUAUUAUGUUAUAAAAUCAGCUUUAUUUAAAGCAGAACUUUUGACUUUUAAGUUCUCUCCUGAUGAGAUGCAAUUUGUCUUUUGUUUGUAAAAUUUCUUUGCACUUGCUGAAAUAUGAAUGUACGAAUAUAAAUGAGGAAAUGUUAAAUGCUGUAUUUUUCUGUUGUAAUAAACUUUGUAAAAUCCUGCUGUAAAUGUGUUUGCACAUAAAAAAGGGCAAGGUCUCAUUAGUAUUUCAAACAUUUUAAUAUGCAUUUUAUUCUCACACAGUGCCGUGGCACAAGCCAAAAUUCUGGGGGCCCGAGUUAGAGUGGGGGUCCUUCCUGGAAAAAGGGAAAAAUAAAGUUUUCUGCACUUUGAGACAUGCAGAGGUUUUAUUUCUCCACCAGUAUAAAAGUUUUCAGAAAGCCUGAGUUAAAAACCCUGUAAUUCCAUAGUCAAAGUGACUAUGUCUGAUUCAGUUAGAAUGAAAGCAACAGCUGUUAUCAUUAUUAGGCCUCCAUGUUUACCUGCCUGUAGACAUCCUGUCACAUUCUCCUCUGAUUGGUCUGAAAUGUUAAUAACAAAGCUGUAAAAAGGAACAAGUUAAAAAUGCUCAAACAGUGAUAGAGAGCAGCUAAGAGGUAGUAACGUAAUGUGCAGAGGAACAUUAGUCAGUUA